ACCACUUCCAGCACAAUUGCGCGUGCGUUGUGUCCUAGGCAACGGAAGUCGCCAUAUUUGUUGUAGUCGGCAACAGGUGCGCGCUACAAUCACAACAAACCCUUAAAACUAGGGAUAUUCGCUUUGAAUAACACAAGACAAACGCAAAUAUGCCACAAAAAGGAGGUGUUAAGAUAAAGCAGGGUGCUGGAACUGGCGGCAAGGGCCUGAAGAUCCCCAAGGGCAGGUCACCAGGGGAAGGGAACUCUGGUCAAGGCCAGGCACAGAAAAGGAAAAGCAUGGCACCAAGAAAGAGUAUUGCGCCCAGGGGUUUUGGCCGAACGGAUGAAGAUGACAUCACCUCCGUGGGAGAGCGUGAUGAUGACUGGAUGCAGCCAAAGGCUCUCCUUAAACCCGAUGAUCAGCUGCAGCUAUCAGAACAGGAAAUGAAGGAGGAGUUCACAAGAAUCCUGACGGCCAAUAAUCCCCAUGCUCCUCAGAAUAUUGUCAGGUAUAAUUUCAAGGACCGGUCAUUCAAGCAGAUCAGCUCUGUUGACCAGCUUGCCAUCCACUUCUCGAUGGACGGUAACAUGCUACACAAGGAGUCUGACGAUGCAAGGAGGCAGUUGAUGCGUGGAGAUGUCCAGGAAGAACGUUAUUGGCCGGGAUCGACACCAGCUGUCAGUGACCAGGCCAUUGAAGAAGAAAAAGAAGCUGAGAAAGAGGCUGAAGAAGAAAAACCUGAGGGCGAGGAAGGUCCAAAAGACGAUGGUACAUCGACACCUGCACCAACAGGUGGGGACAAAAAGCUGACCAAUCAGUUCAACUACAGUGAAAGGGCGUCCCAGACCUACAACAACCCUUAUCGGGAAAGGGGGACAGCGACUGAACCUCCACCGAGGAUAACCUUUGCAGGGAAUGCAACUCAGUGGGAGAUCUAUGAUGCUUACCAGGAGGACUUUGAAAAACAGCACGCAAAUAAGCAGGAAGCUGUCGGGAAGGAGAAGAACAAAGAGAAGAAAGUUGUGCCUGGCAGGAAGGAUGAUGAGAAGAUGAAGAAGAAGCUCACUGUCCUGGAUACGCAGAGCGACGACAUAUCACGCGUAGGAAGGGCGGCCAAAAUCAUUGAGCGGAUGGUCAAUCAGAACACGUACGAUGAUGUUGCACAAGAUUUCAAAUACUGGGAGGAUGUCUCGGACGAAUACAGGGACCAGGAAGGUACCCUUCUUCCUCUCUGGAAAUUCAGCUACGACAAAGCCAAGAAGCUUGCUGUCACUGCCCUCUGCUGGAACCCUAAAUACAUGGAUCUUUUUGCUGUUGCCCACGGAUCCUACGACUUUUUGAAACAAACCAGAGGAAUGAUCCUGUUCUACUCAUUGAAAAAUCCCUCCUUCCCAGAAUAUGUCUUCCCGACAGAAAGCGGCGUAAUGUGUUUGGACAGUCAUCCAGACUAUCCGCAUUUGUUAGCGGCUGGUUUCUACGACGGCAGCGUGGCCAUUUAUAACACAAUGGAGGUCGGCAAGAAUCAACCGGUAUAUCAGAGCACAGCAAAGAAUGGAAAACACACCGACCCUGUUUGGCAGGUGCGAUGGCAAAAAGACGAUUUGGACAACAACAUCAACUUCUUCUCAGUUUCAUCAGAUGGCCGAGUAGUUUCCUGGACAGUUGUCAAAAAUGAACUGCAUUAUACUGACGUUAUCAAGCUGACUAUGAACGACUGUGAAAAUGAUGGCCCAGAUGGCACUAAACUAAUCCCGCUAGGCUGUGGUACAACGUUCGACUUCCACAAGCAGACAGACUACUUGUUCUUAGUUGGUACAGAGGAGGGUCGCGUCCACAAGUGUUCCAAGGCAUAUUCAAGUCAGUUCUUGGACACGUACAUGGCUCACCAUAUGGCUGUCUACAAGUGUGCAUGGAAUCCUUUCCAUCCGAGAAUAUUCCUGACGUGCAGCGCAGAUUGGAGUGUCAAAAUCUGGGAUCAUACUUGCAAAGAUCCAUUAUUCACAUUCGACCUGAACAGUUCUGUUGGUGAUGUUGCCUGGUCGCCGUACUCUGCCACAGUGUUUGCUGCUGUUACAGCUGAUGGAAAGGUGCAUGUGUAUGACUUGAAUGUGAAUAAAUACGAAGCCAUCUGUGAACAAUCCGUCGUCCAGAAAAAGAAGACUAAACUUACCCACAUCGCUUUUAAUCCAACUUAUCCAAUCCUAAUUGUGGGAGACGACAGGGGAUAUGUCACCAGCGUAAAAUUAUCACCAAACUUGAGAAAAAUGCCAAAGACGGGAGGAAUUUUCAGUUCUCCGCAGGGCUCUGAAAAAACCAGACGAAAUGCAAAGAAGGAUACCACAUCAGAUGAAAAGAAGGGUGCCGACACCCCCAAGGGACCAGAAAUUGAGAUUGCAAAACUGGAGAAGAUCCUAGCACUCGUUCGGGAACCAGAGAAAGCAAAAUAGAUAAUCUACUUGGCGGUUUCGAAAAGUUUCACUUGUGCAGCAUAAAUAUAACAACAGACUGAGAUCAGUGUGAACUUUGCCAUCGAGAAUUAUCGAUUAUGAAAUCAAAAUUUGUCAAUAUUUGUUUCAAAGUAUUGUUGAAGAUCUGUGAUGAAUUGCCACGUCAUCAGCAUCCUUUGACUUACACCAAGAUGUUUGAUAUGAGAUAAUGUGUCGCCCGUUAAAGUAUCAAAUCUAAAGCUUUCACUCAGAUAUUUAUUAAUGCGGCACAUUCACAUGUGGAAAGGAUUCAUCCACAAUUGGUUUUGACAAAAGUGCUGUUGAAUUACAACAGACUGACAGUCUAUUUUGAUAAUGUAGUCAUACUGUUUUUCACCUGUCCAGCUUCCUACAUAUGUAUACAUACAGUCAUUGUAUGACUAUAAAAUCCAAUACUAUGUUGAUUUGUGAUUAUUUGUUUCAUUGCAGUCCAAUAGAAACUCAUUUGUUUUAUCUGUGAUAUCUAGAAAUCCAUUCGAUACUUUGUAUAAAUGAAUAUGCCGUCCAAAAUUGGCUGCUCUCCUUAUUUUCCUCAACUCGGCUCUAAUGUUUGAUCAAAGUUCUGAAUGUACGAAUUACAAAUUCUAAUCCCCUCAUCCGUCCUUGACAUGUCAAAGAUUUAUUGACUGAAAAUAAUGAACCGUCCAAAUAAUUCAUGACCACGUUCUGUUUCUUUGAACUUUAAUACUACCCCGCAUAGUUUGUAGAAAGAGACUUUAUGAAUUACUGUACUUGUUUGUUACUUUAUAUUUAUCAGUAAAUGUUUUAUGUACAAAAGCAAA